CGCAGUUUGAAAAUCUUGUGAGAAUACCUUAACGUGGUGUCUGAUAUCGCCAGAUGUGAACAGGCAACGAAACUGCGUAAACAUCAGGAUCAGCUGGCGACCUAGAAACUGUUUGUGCCAGCAACAGCUUUGGACUGCAACAUUGAUCAACAGCUGGCUCUGACGCCUGCGAAACAGUUUCUGAAGGACGUGGGAGAGGAUAAUUUUGCAUUACUAAAGUCCCAACCUUUCUGCUGACACCAUGAGCUUUAACGCUAGAUCCUUUAACUAUGGGUUUCCAGGAGGAAGUUUCAGAACAAUUGAUAUUGCAGAAGUAGCAACUGGUACACCAACCGUUCUAAAGGACUCGAAUGGUACAAACUUUGAGGACUACACUUUCGUUAAAACCUGGACUGUGAGGGGACUGAAGACACUAGAAGGAACAGCCGGAAUUAAGUCCAUUUCGUUCACCCACCAGAAUUUCAGUAAAUGGUGUAUGGUUCUUACAAAGAAAAACAAUGAACUUUUUUUGCAGUUUUUGCUCGAAAAGUGUGAACCGGGGAAGCUAUUGAGAGCGAAGCUGAAAGCUGACGAGAUUCUUCCAAGUGGUGAAAAAAGAGAAGUGUUUCCAUGUGAAUGGUACGAACUGGAAGAAGGAAGCUCCUCCGAAAUGCAGCUCGUUAGGAAAGCAAACUGUACAGGAGAGGACAACAGCGAAAAUGAGAUAACACUGCAGUGUGAAGUUAGCAUGCGAUGCAUUGUUCACGACGAACUGCCCACGGCAGACGCAGCAGAGCAACAGUCUGAUGUUGCGAGGGCUGUAGAUGAGAUGUACCGUGAAGGAGUGCACACAGACUUUGAGCUGCACACAAAAGGCACGGUUCUGAAGGCACACAAGUCACUACUUUCUGUGCGGAGCCCUUACUUUGCCGCCUUGCUGCAGCCUCACACGAAGGAAGCAAAGGAAGGCCUUGUGCAGAUCACCGAUGUGAAGACCGAACCACUGAAGCAGGUCCUGCUGUUUAUGUACACGGGUGUGGCCCCGGCUCUCAAGGACAUGCCGUGGGACUUGCUCAUAGCUGCUGACAAAUUCCAGCUCCAGCAGCUAAAGCGACAGUGCGAGGCCCACAUCGCCAGCCACUUGGAUGUGGACAACGCCGCAGAAACUGCAGCCAACGCCUUGCUGUUCUCCUGCGACGUGCUGUGGGACCGUGCGGUGUUCUUCAUUAGAAGCAAUCUCUACCAGGUCAUGCGCACUCCUGGCUGGGCUUUCGUUAUAACUGCUCAUCCUGAAGCCAUACUGCGUCUCAGUGAGCUGAUGGGAUGAAUCAGUAACAAGA